AUGAGAAUCAGCAUUUUAAAAUUUGUUUUUUUUUCAAUUAUUAUUUGUUUUUUUGAAUAUGCCAAAAAUGAAUUAUACUUUAUAAAUAAGAGAAAUGUAUAUCAUGAAAGGAAUAUAACAAAUUUUAGAAAUAAUAGGAUAUUAGCAGAUGCAGACAAUCAAUUCGAUUUAAAUGAUUUUUAUCAAUCAACUUUGAGUCUUGCAAAUCAAUUUAAUGAAUAUGAUAACUAUGUCGAUGACGAAGAAAUGUCAUUUAUUCGAAAUGCUAUAGACUCACAUAUAAAGAAGCAUAUAAAAAGUAAUAAAUUACCCGAUUUAAAUAAUGUAGAUAAGAAAACUAAAAAGUUAGUCAAUGAACUUCUAACAGAAUUAGAAGAAGUAAAAAAAGAGAUUAAUAAUAAAAGGAAUAGUGAAUUAGAAAUACAACCGAUACAAGAUAAAAGAAUAACAAAAAAAGAUGAAAAUAAUUCUGUAUCAGAAUAUGAAAAUUUUAGACAAUUGGAAAAUUAUAAAAAUAAUUUGGAGAGUGAAGAUUAUAAUUUUGAUGGUGAAUAUGUUGAAAUUACAGCAAGUAAUCAUUAUAAGAAAUUAGAAAUUGGUCAAAAGAUAGAAAAAACAAAUUUAGUUGCAUUUAAGAAGCUUAUGAUGUUUAUGGUAUCUCAAAUUUUUAUAGCAGCAACAGGAGGGGGGUACGUAAUAGUAUUACUUAUACCAUAUUUAGUUUCCAUAAUUAAGAAAUGUUGGAAAGUCAUUAAAUUACGCUUUAAAUUAAAAAAACUAUCAAAAUAA